AUGUUUAUUUUUUCUUGGCCAACGAAAGUUAUUGGUGAAAAGAAAAUGACUCCAACAUUUCCGAAUAAUAUGUUAUACCAAGCCAAUUCAGGAUCCUUAGUUGGCUCUCAUUAUCACCAACAAAAUCAGCAGAAUCAUGUAGGACCGAAUAAUAAUUUGCAAACUUACAAUAUGAUUGACCAGGCGACCGCUCAAAAUGUCAGUCAAAGUAAUCUACAGCCUCAUAACGAAGAAUACGCAUUAUAUCAUCGUCAAUUAGCUCAGAACCACGCUAUGGCACUCGCUCAGUUAUUGAUUCCUGGUGCAGAAUAUGAAGCAAAGGAAUCAAUUCCAAAGUUAUCCUCACAGAAUCAGUUGCAAAUGUCCCAUGACGAUCGUCAAAUUAAUAUAAAUUAUGCGAUCGAACAGAAUUUUGUAACGUCUCAAAAUAUUGCAUCAUCCGCCCAAUCCGGCGUUUCCAAUUUGGUAAAUCAAAAACCACCAGUUUACACAAAAUGGACCGAACAGGAAGAUGAGCUGUUGCGUGGCGCAGUGCGCAUUUAUGGUCCGCACAAAUGGUCUCUUAUCGCAACUCAUGUGCCAAAUCGAACGCCAAUGCAAUGUUCGGCUAGAUGGGUAGGAGCGUUGAAUCCUUCAAUUCUUAAAGGUCGAUGGACUUCUCAGGAGGAUAACGCACUCAAAGAAGCUGUUAGUCAUUAUAUCAAUUCUGUCGAUUCACAAGGAAAUCCGCAACCGAUCCCGUGGAAUAAGGUCUCAAAGAGAAUUCCACAACGCACUGGGGCUCAAUGUCAGGCCCGUUGGACCGAAGCAUUAGACCCUCGCAUAAGGAAAGUAACGAACGAUGAAAGUAAUAAUAUGUUAACACCACCUAACACCACUCCUUCAACACCAGCGCAAAGAAUUAAAAGCGUAACAUCGAGCUCACCAGACAUUAUCCAAGGAGUAAUCUUACGUUCUUCUCCACAAACGAUGACCAACACUAGUCCCACAUCGUAUGGAACUUUAGAAUCGCCAAUUUCAAAUCAGUCAGUGAGUAGUGGUCAAAGCCCAACCAUUUCUGAUCCCGCAACACCUAUCUCGAGUCCCGAAUUUUCAAAUUACGUUGUCGAUACGAACUCUUUCCAAAAUUGCAACAUGCAUUUUAAUAAUUCGGCUUCCGAGAAUCCACUUUUAUUUUAUAACGGUGCAUAUAAUCAGGCACAACCUUAUAUCGAACAAUACAAUAACGAAAUCACGUAUCUUAUUUGA